AGGCUGGCAGCGAUGUCUCACCGAGCUGGACUCCUCUCUGCUGCUGCUGCUGCUGCUGCCAGAGUCAACCUGCUGCUCUUGCUGCUUGCUGUGCUGUUCUCCUGCUCCAGCCUCAGUGAUGGAGUUCCUGAGUUUGCCCUGACCAAAAUAGAAGAGGGUGACAUCAAAGAUGAGAGUGGGAAAGAGCCUCUGCCAGAAGAUGAUGCUGAUCCUGAGGACCUGGAAGUGUUUUACCCCACACAUCAGUGGCAAACCAUCCGCCCAGGUCAGGCUGUUCCUGCAGGCUCACAUGUGCGGCUCAAUCUGCAGACGGGAGAGAGAGAAGCCAAACUCCCAGAGAGUGAGGAUGGGAGAAGUGAGACGAGAGAGGAGAGAAGGAGAAAAAGGCUGGGCAAGGUGGAUGUUGAUGCAAAUUCAUUCACAUCCCAGGAGCUCAAAAAGGCGUUGGCUAAAAUGAAGGAAAGUGAGAAGGCAGAGAGAAAGGCCCGUGAGGAAGAGGUGAGGAAGAAGUUCCGUCCCAUUGAGCAGCUGAAGGAGGAGUUUGAGAAGCUGAAUGUGAAGAUGGAAACAGAUUAUGAGAUUAUGGUUCAAUUGAUCAGCAAAUUCAACAGCUCUGCCUCCACCCUGGCCGACAAAGUGGCGGCGCUUUACGACCUGGAGUAUUACGUUCACCAGGUGGACAAUGCCAAGGACUUCCUCUCCAUGGGUGGACUCCAGCUUGUGAUCGAGGGGCUGAACAGCACUGAGGCCACGCUGAAGGAGCAUGCUGCCUUUGUUCUGGGAGCUGCACUGUCCAGCAACCCCAAGGUGCAGAUCGAAGCCCUGGAGGGGGGAGCGCUGCAGAAGCUGCUGGUGAUCCUGGCUACGGAGCAGCCCCUGCCUGUCAAGAAGAAGGCUCUCUUUGCACUGUCCUCCAUGCUGAGACACUUCCCCUAUGCCCAGCAGCAGUUCCUCAAGCUGGGAGGCCUCCAGGUCCUCAGGAGCCUCUUCAGGCAGAAGGGGAUGCAGACUCUCCACGUCCGAGUGGUGACUCUCCUCUACGACCUCAUCAUGGAGAAGCUGCUGCUGGAGGGCUCGCCGCAGGAGGAGCAGGCGGCGGAGAAGCUCCAUCAGUACGAGCAGGUGCGGCUGGUGCCGGCGGUGGUGGAGCAGGACUGGUGCGCGGCCGUGUCCGCGCUGCUGGGCGCGCCCGAGCACGACACGCGUGAGAAGGCGCUGAAGACGGUGUCGGUGCUGAUGGCCUUCUGCGGGGAGCGCUACCGGCGGGACCCGGCGCUCGGCACCGCGCUCAGCCUGCUGCGCAGCGAGUACGAGCAGCUGGCGGCCCAGGAGCAGAGCGAAGGGGACACAGACGGCUACUUCAGCGAGCUGCUGGGCUCCGUCAACACCGUCAUCCAGCAGCUGAGGUGAAGGGGGCAGCUGCGGGCUCGGCUCGGGCAGCCUGCGGUGUGAAAGCGCUGUGCAAUAAACCGCCGGAGCGGGAGAGGUCCCCCCGCGGCGGGGGCGCUGCUGGCA